GGGGAGUGGGAGAGUACAUGUUGAAGGGGAUGUCCCAAAAUGGUGUCGCAGAACUGUACACGUUCUUUCCGUGGAUGAUAUUUCCCUUUUGAUUGCACUUCAUUUUCUUCUUCUUCUUCUUUUUUUGCUUUACUAUGACCUCAUAGUCCAACCCUUGAAAAAUAUCCAAACCAUACGAUGCUUCUUCAUUACUGUGGCGACUGUCAUUACUGUCACUGUGCCCUGCUGCCACGCACAAAGAGAAACAUGGAACAGACCGGCAUCACCGAAUAUGCACUGAUGCGCGACACCAAAACUGAGAACAUCAGCUUAAACAUACUGGGAAUGGUUAAAAAAGGUGGGAGCGUGAUUGUGUCAGAAGUCUCAGACUGCAAGAUAAUCUGUACUCUGGGAGAAUGUGUCCUCGAUGGACCACAUCAUGAGCUCAGAGGCAUAGGAGCUUUUAAAAAAGACAAAGAAUCCCAAGUGCUGAUCCAGAGUUUACAGAAUACACCCAUUAGCCCUGAAAACAUCAAACCGAGAAGAAGAGGAGCUUGCAUGCCUAAACCUACCUCAGACAUCACUAUCUACUACUACCAAACAAACAUGAUGGAAGAUCUGGGAAAAGGCAUUCCUGUUGUUUUGAACAUCAGUAACACAAACCAGUUUCUGAAAUGCACAUUCAUCUCGGAGAAGGCGGUUCUGAGUCUUGAGUGCUUGGAAAAGGAAAGACUGGAUUUUAUCACUACGGACAAUUCGGACACGUGGCCUUUUGUUUUCUACCUCUCUGGCAUGAAGGACAACUGCCGUUGCUUCGAAUCGGCCCAGUGCAGAGGCUGGUUCAUCCGCACAGAGUUUGACUCCGUGUGCAUGGCUGAGCAUAAAGAUAAAGAUAAAGAGCCUGAGAAAUACGCCUUCAUCAUCAUGCGCUCAUCAAAUGCAACAAAGUCAAAGUAAAAAAAUUUUUUUAAAUGCUUGACUACAAAACUUACUUUAUGAGUUUAACACUUUGUGAUUAAGCUACUGAAAAAUGUUAUAUAUUUAUGUACAUAUGAAUAUAUAUGUUAAUUAUGCUAAUAAAAGGCAUCGCUGCUAUUAUAAUAUCACUAUAAUCAUUAUUUUAGUUAUUUUAGUCAAAAUAUCAUUGUAUUCACUUUCUGUUCAGAGGUGUAUAGAUGUUGUUGUGUAACCUUUAACUGCCAUUGCAGUAGUAAGUAAUAUGCAUCAUAUCACAAUUUAUUGAUUUUUUUUUUCAUUGUUUAUUAUGUAAGUGAAUUUUUUUUGCUGUCAACAGCGCAGUUAUAUUGUCUUUUUUUAAAAUGAUUUUUCCCACACCUUUCACCAAUCUUAGAUUAUAGAUUAUAGACAAUAAAGCAUAGAUUAAAUCAGAAGAAUUAAAGAAAAAAAUAUAUACUGUGAGUCAUUCUGUGACAUGGAUUUGGUGGACUUGGACUCGUAGGAAAUUGUCAUCACAAAUCAAUAUCGCAGCUUUUCUGACAGAUCUCUUUUAUUCUUUGAUGAAAUAUUCCUAUUCCCAUGGGAGUGGUCUAUUCCAGGAUGGCCACGCCCCCUACAAUUUGAUUUUGAUGCAGUUUCAUUUUUUUGUUGUUGUUUUGAUGUUUUUUAAAAUAUAUGUUUAAAAAGAAAAAAACAUUUGUUUUAUAUUUUAUUUUCUUUAAAUACCUCCAAUAGCUUGAAAUAUUUACAUAUCAGCAAAUUAUUAGCAUUUUUUUGUCUUUUCUCUCAUCUAUAUAUAAUACACAAAAUUGCAGUAUCUCAUAUACAGCAAUGCAUUGCGAACACGCUUACAUUUCAAUAAAACGUUUGAGUAUAUUAGCAAA